UAAUCAUCUGUUGUUGUACGCGAAACGAGCGACGACAACGACGAAGGACUUGAACGGCAAAUGUAGCUGCUCGUUUGAAUUAGUUCGUAUUUUGAGUUGGUCGGAAUGAGUCGAUAAAUAAAUAAAAUUUGCUUGCGUGGAAAGAGAAAAAAAAAUGAAUUGAACAAGAAAAAAAGGCAAGAACAAUAAUUUACUUCUGAGAAAAGCGUCGCGAACGACAGAAAGAGAGCAAAAAGGCUUCUUUAAGCAGUGAACGCGAACAAAAAACGAGUGAUGAUGAUUCCAGUUGUGGCUCGGAACUCAUCAUCAUCGACAUCUUCGCAGCGACUACUACUUUCAUCUGACAAUUCAGCAGGAAACAAAGAGAAAAUAAUAAAAAUAACAAUAAAAACAUGUUAAAAAUAAAGUUACCGCAAUAGUGCGAUUUUUUUAAGUUUGUUUGUUUGUUUGAUAAAAUUCAAUAAUUUUUUUUUUUUUGAAAAAAAUUUUUUUUUUAUUUUGGAACGAACUGUGAUGUGAAACGAUUUUAUUGAUUUUCAAAAAAAAAAAAAAAUUUAAAAAAAUUAAAAAAAAGUGAAUCUUCUGAAAAAAAGGCAAAAAAUUACUACAAAAAGUUAAUUAAUUAAAAAAAAAGUACAAAAUAAAUACUGAUAAAAUCCUAAAAACAAGCUUUUAAAUUAAAACAAAAACACACAAUGGGAAAAGAAAAGGCAGAACUAAAUGAGAAUAAACUCUCCAAUCAAUCGGAUCACAGUCCCGUACGCGAAGCCACAGAUCACGACGAAGAACGAGUUCCUCUGGAAAAUGGCGACAAAAAGGCAGUUCACAUUCCAAAUGGAAAAGGAGUCUCAAUAUCAGUAACAGAUGAGAAAAAUCACACAACAACCAACAUUGGCGCACUCGAAAAACGCAAUAAAAAUGGAAAUAAGGACAAAUAUGAAAUGGUUCCGCCAGACGGCGGAUGGGGAUGGUUCGUGCUAUUCGGAUCGAUGUUGAUUAAUAUUCUCGUGCCAGGAACAAUCAAGAGUUUUGGCGUGUUAUUUGUCGAGUUUCAAGAAGCAUUUCAAUCGUCGCCAGCAGAAAGUGCAUGGAUCCCUGCUUUAUGUUAUUUCCUUUACAGUUCUCUUGGUCCGUUAUCGUCAAUCCUUUCCGUGAAAUAUUCCUACAGAACUGUCGUCUUCAUUGGCGGAACAUUCGCUGCUGUUGGCAUGAUAAUCACAUAUUGGGCGACUUCGAUUGGCUACUUGUACGUUAGUUACGGCGUUUUUGUCGGAACGGGAGCCGGUUUGAGCUUUCCUCCGACAGUUUAUAUCGUAACUUCGUAUUUUGUCAAGUUACGGGGUCUCGCGAACGGGCUCUGCAUUUCCGGAAGCGCCCUCGGAUCGAUUUUCUUGCCUCCCUUGUUGCGAUAUCUCCUCGAGAAUUACGGAUAUCGCGGCGCGUGCAUGAUAAUGGGCGGAAUAACGUUAAAUACGUGGAUCGCAGCGUUAUUUUACGAGCCUGUCGAACGUCACAUGAAGAAAGUGUUGAAAAAAGACCCCGAAAAUGAGGAUGAUUUCGAGUUUAGUGACGAUCGCAUUAUAGAAGAGACCGAAUCGGAGGAUGAGAAGCAACGUACGCCUUUGAAGGCGAAAUUUGUGAUUACAGGAGAUGAUACGCCCGCGGGAACGCCAACUUUGGAACACAAAACUUCGGAUAUUUUCCGUUUUCCGUUGAAAAAUGACUUUGCGCGAAGUGUUUCGGCAGCUGCUGUGCAAAAUUUCAUCAAACCGAAUCACGAAGAAUCGCAUCGUCAGAGGAAAAUUAGCACGCCCAUCAGGCAAGAAAAUCGAAAUAUCACUUUUAUGAGUGGUUUGAGUUCAAAUGACUCCGUCAACAUGGUUCAAUCUUUCUCCAGCAAUCGUUUGUCGCGUUUCCAACGACUUUCAGUGACUCGCCCGCCCAAACGUUCGCCAUCUACAAGCAGUUUUCAGUACAUCAGUACCCCUUUUCACGGAGGAUCUUUCACGACAAUGCAGCCAAAUGAGUUUUCCUCGUACCUGUCGUUAAAUUCUCUUAAUCCCGUGUCGUCUUGCGUUAAGAGACAACCUCAGAGAGAACAAGGCGAUGGCGGCGAUGCUGCGAAACCGGAGAAAAAGUUCAAAUUUAUCGACUUGUCGUUGCUCACAGACCCGACAUAUCUCGUUAUUCUCAUUUCCAACUCGACGAACGCCAUUAGCUACACAAAUUUUAUUAUUUUGCUUCCGUCAUACGCUAUCACGAUGGGCUUCGACAAGGGUCGGGCAGCGUACCUUCUCUCGAUCGUGUCUGCAUUAGAUCUAAUCGGGCGCAUUGGGGGAAGUGCUCUCUCCGACACAAAUCUCAUGCCGAAAACGUACUAUUACUUCGGCGGUUUGCUUAUUAGUGGCAUUUCACUCGCCCUGCUACCAUUUUUCACGACAUACUCAAUGAUUAGUUUUUGCUGUGCCGUUUUCGGGUUGAGCUCAGGAACUUACGUUGGCAUCACAGCAGUUAUCAUGGCAGAUAUGCUCGGAACUGAACGCCUAACAUCAACUUAUGGAAUUUCCUUAUUUGUCAACGGCAUCCUUCAACUCAUCGGGCCUCCCUUGUGCGGCGUCAUUUUCGAAGCAAUGAAUGUAUACGGACCUCUUUUCAAUAUUCUUGGAUUUUUCCUCAUCUUUGGAUCGUCUCUCGGAUGUUGUUUGCCCGUCAUAAGAAGGCGACAACAAUCCCGCGAAGAAUUAGAACAACAAAUUGAACCAGCAGAAAAACUUCUGGCUUAAAAGAAUUUUUACACACAAUCAAGCUUAAAACUAAAUAUCAUAAAAACUUUUUAAAUCUUACCACCGCAGAAAAAAAUUGCUGAAUUUCAGAAUUCCAUUGAAUGUGAAUCAAUGCCUUUUUAUGAAAAUAAGCCUUCAUUAGGAAAAAAAAGUUUUAAACUUUAUAGACAUGCAGAAGA